UGAGAGAGCGAACAGGAGAGAGGGGGGAGAGGGAGGAAGGGCAUUGAGGAGGAAGACAGUGAGUAUCAAUUGACAACGAGCAGUGUCUAAAGCCGCUCGACCGGAGAUGGUCCCCCCAAACACGGGCGCAGAAUAGUGGUCCUGCAAGGCGAGAGGACAGCCGAGGACGCCGGCGAUGCAUGCGUUCACUGCCGAAAAAUCUAACCUUUCAGAGGAUCUCUCCUGUCAAAUGGGAUUAUUAUUUCUGUCGGGGGUUAAAGGGAAGCUGCCAGCUGCAAGUCCAUGCACAUUCAUUUAUCCGAUCAAAAACAAGACGGAGCACUCACUUUCUCCAUAAAGGUCCGCUGGAUGGUCACACUGAGGAUUCCACAGAGCAGGCCAUGAUGCCUCAGCCUCAGUCAGGGCUGUAGAAAACACACAGAGAGUGCCAAGCCCUGUUGAGUGAAGUCCCCCCCCAACCCCCACCUCCAUCCCCAGUCGCCGGAGUUACCAUGGUUCCCCCCAGUCCGGGUGGAACCGUAGCCCAGUCCAGGGUGCCUCGCCCUGGGUACGGCCUCUGCCUCUACCCCCCUUUUUUGCUGCCACUGCUGCUGGUGCUCACUUCCCUGCCUAACCUCUCUGACGCCUUAGCGGCGCCCAAGUUUACCAAGAUUCCCGGAGACCAGAUUGGGGUGUCGGGAGGCGUGGCCUCAUUCGUGUGCCAGGCGUCAGGUGACCCCAAGCCCAUGGUCAACUGGAACAAGAAGGGCAAGAAGGUCAACUCCCAACGCAUAGAGACGAUAGAGUUUGAUGAUGGAGCGGGGGCCGUGCUGAGGAUCCAGCCUCUCAGGGCCCCCCGAGAUGAAAACGUCUAUGAGUGUGUGGCCCGCAACAGUGAGGGAGAGGUGGCCACCACCGCCAAGCUAGCCAUCAUACGAGAGGAUCUGUUGCCGUUUGGUUUCCCCAGCAUCGACAUGGGACCCCAGCUGAAAGUGGUGGAGAGGACCAGGACGGCCACCAUGCUGUGUGCUGCCAGCGGCAUCCCAGACCCAGAGAUCUCCUGGUUCAAAGAUUUCCUACCUGUAGAACCCAGGUCCAGCCUGGGACGCAUCAAACAACUACGCUCAGGUGCCCUGCAGAUCGAGAACAGUGAAGAGACCGACCAGGGGAAGUAUGAGUGUGUGGCCACUAACUCUCAGGGCGUACGCUACUCUUCCCCAGCCAACCUGUAUGUGCGAGAGCUACGAGAAGGAUCAACAGACAAAUUGCGUCGCGUGCCCCCUCGUUUCUCCAUCCUGCCCGCCAACCAUGAGAUCAUGCCUGGCGGCAGCGUCAACAUCACCUGUGUGGCGGUGGGCUCGCCCAUGCCCUAUGUCAAAUGGAUGCUGGGUAUUGAGGACCUGACCCCGGAAGACGAGAUGCCGGUGGGACGCAAUGUUUUGGAGCUCAACGGAGUGAGAGAGUCGGCCAACUACACCUGCGUGGCUAUGAGCAGUCUGGGGAUUAUAGAGGCCACCGCACAGGUGUCAGUUAAGACUCUUCCCAAGCCUCCCGGUACCCCCAUCGUCACAGAGACGACCGCCACCAGCGUUACCAUCACCUGGGACUCCGGUAACCCCGACCCGGUGUCCUAUUACAUCAUCCAGUACCGGGCCAAGACACCGGACAGCAAGUAUGAGGCGGUGGACGGUAUCACCACCACCAGGUACAGCAUCGGAGGGCUCUACCCCAACACGGAGUACGAGGUUAGGGUGUCGGCCUUCAACAGCAUCGGCCAGGGCCCCUCGUCCACCCGGGUAGAGGCCAGGACAGGGGAACAGGCCCCGGCUAGCCCCCCCAGGAACGUCCAGGCUAGGAUCAUCUCCCAGAACACUGUCAUGGUCCGCUGGGAAGAACCGGAGGAGCCCAACGGACAGGUGAAAGGUUACCGGGUGUACUACACCAUGGACCCAUCUCAGCCCAUGAGUCUGUGGCAGAUCCAUAACGUCCAGGACAGCACCAUCACCACCAUCCAGAGCCUGGUACCCUCUGAGACAUACACAGUCAGAGUACUGGCCUUCACCUCUGUGGGAGACGGACCCUUCUCUGACUCCGUCCAUGUUAAAGUUCUGCCCGGAGUUCCAGGGCAGCCAGGGAAGUUCAAAGUGGGAAAGGUGACAGACACCAGUAUACAGCUCACCUGGGAACCUUCCUACACCAAGGAGGGCAUCGUCAACUACGAACUGCUCUACAAACCUGUCAAGUUUGGCAGCCUGGAGAAGUUGACGUUUGGGCCCCGGGCGUCGUACACAGUGGAGGGUCUGAGGGCUAACACAGAGUACUCCUUCUCCCUGGCAGCCAUUUCUAACAAAGGCAUCGGAGCCUUCACCAACGAGCUGGUCCAGAGGACAUCACAAGCCAAGCCAUCGGCUGCGCCCCUAGGCGUGUCCUGUGACAGCCCCAGGUCCACCUCCCUGAGGGUAAGUUGGAAACCACCACCCACUGAGACCCAAAAUGGCGUGCUGACUGGCUAUGAGCUGCGCUACCAGCAAGUGGUGUCUGGGGCCAGGGUUGAAGGUCAGGGUCCGGAGGUGAAGGGGCCUCCCAUCCCCCCAGAGCAGGGGCAAGUGGUGUUGGAGGGGCUAGAAAAGUGGACCUGGUACCGCGUUAUCCUGGCAGCUUUCACUACCGAGGGGUCCGGACCGGAGAGCCCGGCGCUGCUCUGCCGUACGGACGACGACGUCCCGGGUGCGGCCCCUCGGCAGGUGGAGGUCCAGCCCUUCAACUCCACGGCCCUCAGGGUCACCUGGCGAUCUGUGUUGGCAAGGCAACGCCAAGGCCAGAUCCGUGGUUACCAGGUGCACUAUGCUCACGUGGAGAGCGGCUCGUCACGCACCCUUCCCCGGAUCAAAGACCUGCUAUUGGACGACAGCCAGUUUGUGGAGGAUGACUUUACUGAAUACGAGAUGAUUGUGGGGGGUCUUAAGCCAGAGACCUCUUACUCUGUGUCUGUGGCUGCUUACACCACUAAAGGGGACGGAACACACAGUAAAGCCAGGGUGGUGCAGACACUGGGGAUUGUGCCUGGUGCCCCCUCCCUGUCAGUGCGCCCGGGAUCUGAGUCCUCCGUGGUGGUGAGAUGGGGGCCCCCUUCAAGAGGGUCAGACUCGGGUCCAGGUGCCAAAGGGUCUGAAAUUCAGAUCCAGGGUUACCGGCUACAGUUUGGGCUGAAGAAUGCCACUCUGGACACUAUGGUGGAGUUUUCGUCCAGGGAGCGAACGUACACUCUCACAGACGUAAUUCCAGAUGUCCCGAGGAACUUCUCAGUGAACCUGGCGACCAAGACGAGUGUUCUGCUGACCUGGGAGUUCCCCGACAGCCCCUACCCAUACCACUUUACUGUGGAGUAUAAUCAUCAGAAGAUAGAGGUGGAUGCCAGGCUGAGGAAAACGGUGAUCCCCAACCUGCAGCCUGAUACUGACUAUGACUUCAAGAUCACCUCCCCCGAGGGCAACAUGGGCCGACUGAGGCACCGCAUCCUAGCCAAGACGUCUCCACUAAUCGGCAUCCGUCGCCCGGAAAUAGACCACACCCGGGACACGGAGACCACCAUCACCAUCAUUCUGCCUUCACUGGAGAACCGGAGCCCUGUCAAGAACGUGUAUGUGGUGGUAGUUCCACUGAGGAGGGCGAGGGGGGUCAUCAGGCAUCUCAAGAACCCAGACGAGAUGGACCUGGAGGAGUUGUUGGACAUCAGUCAAAGACAGAGGGACUCUAGACAGCAAAAACAGGUUGACCUGCGUCGAGCCUACAUCACCGCCCGCUUCACCCCGGAUACCCUGCCAGCCUUCUUCACUCUGGGGGACCAGCUGGAUUACGGAGGCUUUGAGAACCGCGCUCUAGAACCGGGACAGGAGUACGUGUUCUUCAUCCUGGCGGAACUCAACGGCACCACAGGGAAGAUGUACGGGGCCAGCCCCUACACAGACCCAGUGAUAGCCCCUGACUCAGACCCCCAGCCCCUGGAUGCGGGGGACGGUCUUAUCUGGGUGGUGGGACCCGUCCUGGCCGUGGUCUUCAUCAUCUGCAUCGUCAUCGCCAUCCUGCUCUACAAGAACAGCAAGCCAGACAGUAAGAGGAAGGAGUCUGAGCCAGGCACCAAGAGCCUUCUGGGCAACGCUGAGAUGAUGGCCCACCACCCCACAGACCCCGUUGAGAUGAGACGCAUCAACUUCCAGACCCCUGGUAUGAUGAGCCACCCUCCCAUCCCCAUCACAGAGCUGGCUGAACACACAGAGCUGCUCAAGGCCAACGACAACCUGCGUCUGUCUCAGGAGUACGAGUCCAUUGACCCUGGUCAGCAGUUUACCUGGGAGCACUCCAACCUGGAGGUGAACAAGCCCAAGAACCGCUAUGCUAACGUCAUCGCCUACGACCACACUCGCGUCGUCCUCGCUCCAAUAGAGGGUUCAAGUCCAGGUAUACUGGGUAGUGACUACAUCAAUGCUAACUACAUUGACGGCUACAGGAAGCAGAAUGCCUACAUCGCCACACAGGGCCCGCUGGCAGAGACGUUCGGGGACUUCUGGAGGAUGGUGUGGGAACAGAGAGCAGCCUCCGUGGUCAUGAUGACUCGCCUGGAGGAGAAGUCACGGGUGAAGUGUGACCAGUACUGGCCGACCCGUGGUUCAGAGACCUAUGGGAUGACCCAGGUCACCCUACUGGACACUAUGGAACUGGCCACCUUCUGCGUGCGCACCUUCUCCCUGCACAAGAGUGGUAGUAGUGAACGGAGGGAGGUGCGUCAGUUCCAGUUCACUGCCUGGCCGGACCACGGAGUACCAGAGUACCCCACCCCGUUCCUUGCCUUCCUACGCAGGGUUAAAGCCUGCAACCCCCCUGACGCAGGUCCUGUCAUCGCACACUGCAGUGCGGGGGUGGGCCGCACCGGCUGUUUCAUCGUGAUCGACGCCAUGCUGGAGAGAAUCAGACACGAGCGCACGGCUGACGUCUACGGUCACGUGACCCUGAUGAGGUCACAGCGGAACUACAUGGUGCAGACGGAGGACCAGUACGGCUUCAUCCACGAGGCGCUGCUGGAAGCAGUGGCUUGUGGGAACACGGAGGUGGCGGCCAGGAGCCUGUUCUCCUACAUGCAGAAGCUGGGCCAGGUGGAGAAUGGAGAGCACGUCACCGGCAUGGAGCUGGAGUUCAAGCGUCUGGCCAACACAAAAGCCCACACGUCUCGGUUCGUCAGUGCCAACCUGCCGUGUAACAAGUUCAAGAACCGCCUGGUCAACAUCAUGCCCUACGAGACCACCCGUGUCUGUCUGCAGCCAAUCAGAGGCCUGGAGGGCUCAGACUACAUCAACGCCAGCUACAUUGAUGGAUACAGGCAGCAGAGAGGUUACAUCGCCACCCAGGGUCCACUGGCUGAGACCACAGAAGACUUCUGGAGAAUGCUGUGGGAACACAACUCUACCAUCGUUGUCAUGCUCACUAAACUGAGAGAGAUGGGACGGGAGAAGUGCCAUCAGUACUGGCCUGCGGAGCGUUCAGCCAGAUACCAGUACUUUGUAGUGGAUCCCAUGGCUGAAUACAACAUGCCCCAGUACAUCCUCAGAGAGUUCAAAGUCACUGACGCAAGGGAUGGCCAAUCGCGGACAGUUCGUCAGUUCCAGUUCACUGAUUGGCCAGAGCAGGGAGUUCCGAAAUCUGGAGAGGGCUUCAUCGACUUCAUUGGCCAGGUGCACAAAACCAAGGAGCAGUUUGGUCAGGACGGCCCAAUCAGUGUCCACUGCAGUGCGGGUGUAGGGCGAACUGGAGUCUUCAUCACUCUGAGCAUUGUUCUGGAGAGGAUGCGUUACGAGGGAGCUGUGGACAUCUUCCAGACAGUCAAGAUGCUGAGGACACAACGCCCUGCCAUGGUGCAGACGGAGGAUGAGUACCAGUUCUCCUACCAGGCUGCCCUGGAGUACCUGGGGAGUUUUGACCACUAUGCAACCUAAGAGAGGAGAGGAACUGUCAUCCCUCCUUCCUUCUGCUCAGAUAGAGGUCCACAGAGAAACAAGGAACAACCAACGAGAGAAGCAGGCUGGAAAACGACAAAACAAUGAACCUUAAAUCCCACCUGAGGGACGACACUACUAACAAGGAGUAAUCAUACAAGAACAUCAGCAACAAACAACAACAACAACAACAACAACUAGAUGAAUGUCAAAGAAAACCUGCGCUCUCAGGAAAGACCUGGAAAGGGUGUGUUGGGAGUCGGAGACAGACUAUUACAUGUGUAAUCCUGCUUAUUCUUCUUACCUCAGUGUUCAAAAUGUGGAGGACUUAUAAUACCUGUGUGUGUUGUGGUCAGCUAUUUCAAAAACGAAACCAGUGAAAAACAAAACUGCUUCAGAAACAGGAGUUAUGAUAUGUAUGUGUAAAAAAAUACAAGGACACAAAAAGCCUGGAUAUUUGCUGCACCCUAAAUGGGUUUUUAUGUUAUUACCUUUCUAUCUAUGGGUUAAGUGUAUGAGGGGUGAAAGUGCAAAGGUGAACGUUUUCAUGUGUCUGUCGUUUUGCAUUCUGGUGUCUGUUGCUGCCACAGCUAGUCCUGGCUUAACCUGAGCACAGUUUUAGACAGAGGACUAAACCUAGUCCUAGACAUCAAAGUAGGACUAGAGGGACGGUUUGAGCUGCAUGUCUGUGAUUGGACGCCAGGCUCUCCUACCCACAGUGCCAAGAGAAACCACGCUGUUCCUGGGCAGAUGGAAAAUGUACUUUGACCUCUGAUGAGGAGGAAUGGUGCCCUACUAUCUGUACAUCCAGCUUACAAUACAUGAGCGGUAAACUCACAGAUCUAGAACCAGUUUACCCUCCUUAAAUUGUAACCUAAACCAUUUGGGUGAAAAAGCUAAACUGACCUUGAUCAGUGUCUGGGGGCAACUUCACCCUACUCCAAGUGGGGAUCAAUAUUAUUACAAGUUAAAGUUUAGUCAUCCAUGCCUACUUGCUAUUGCUGACAUCAUAUUUCAUAACCUAAUGACAGUAAAGGUUAAACACAGUUCAGGCAAUUCCAUUUCAACCCCAGUCAGUCAUUUCAGGAGAUUCCAUGUAUGAAAUGAAUGUUGUCUAUAUUUUUCUUGGAGGACCAUUUCGAUGAAUGAACAGAAUUUCAAAUAAUGGUCUUUUUUUUGGGGGGGGGGGGGGGGGGGGGUAAAUUUCCAGCUUCUGCAGAAAUAAUUGUAAGGAUCCUAUUCAUUGUGGUUCAGUGUCUUUGCCUUAUGUUUCACCAUGUUGGUUAUCUGCUGCUUAGGCUGUAUCCCAUCUACCUGAGCUAAGCAUUGAGUGCCAUGAUGUAGCUUACACCUAUUUGAAUUCUGUCCCCAUACAUUGGAAUGGUCCUGAUGGCUCAGUGGGUUGGAGCCUGGUUCUGACAGCAUUAAGGUUGUGGGUUAAAUCCCUGCUUGGGGCUACGUAUACGGUACUGAAUAUGUGUGUUAACUGCGAGUCGCUUUGGAUGAAAUGAGCUUUGCUUGUUAAACAAUGUAAAUCCCAACGGGUUGAGAGUAGAAGAAAGAGGUUUGAACUCAAACUCAACCCACUCUCUUCCUCUCAGUCCCUCCCUCGGCUCACAGUGGCUCUUCACUGCUUCUCUCCGGUUUCUCUCUGCUCGUAGUCUUAUUGUGCAGACAACAAAAAAACGAACGACACAACCCAAUGCUUUCCCUCAAGUCCACUCCGACGUCCCCCCACCAGCCCUUGAGAUGUUGUCCUCUUCUCUUAUUCAUUUGAUGUACUAUAAUCUGCUUCCCCAGAUACGUCGUGAUUGUAGAGCACAGUAUGGUUUAUCGUACAUGAACUUGAACUGUACAUACCGUCUGACGUAUAGAGUUCUUUAUAGUCCAGUACAUAGGCCUGAGCAUAAGGCGUACAUGCAGUACAACACGCAUAAUUAUUUAUUAUCCAAAAAAAAGAGCCUUAUUGUUAUUGUUGACUUUGUCAAAUAUUUAUUUGAUAUGAUUUUUUAAAUAUUUAUUAUCAUUCUAUUUUGUUACUGUUAUUAAGACUUGAUUUUUUACUAUUGGUUGAUUUGUUUAUUUAUAGUUUUAUUUGGGAAAAUAACCGAAUAUAACCAAUGAGAUGUUGUUUACUUGGCAAGCCAAUUUUACUGUAUGAUAUCGUCAAUGUUUUUUUAAUUGUCUUUUUUAUUUGCUUUAGUACAAUGUGUACAGCACUCUGUGUAGAGUGCUAUUUGAUACUGAUGUCCUCAUAGAUAGAUACUUAGAGCCAGACCUAGUUUCAGUUCAGUGACUCCCCCCGCUCCCAUUAUCAUAGUUAAAGUGGUACGAUCCGAUCGCCAAUACGGCGGCAUAGAUAGAGAGAUUAAACGGGUCGAGGAAAGUACAGUAGUUGUUUAAAGUCUAUGCUACACUGUUCAAAUAUAGUGUGCUACUAUAGAUCGAAGGAGUAUAUGAUAACAUUUUCGGACAAAUGGUGGGGAAAGUAUUUAACAAUUAAGUUAUCCGGAUAAUGCAAUUUAAGUGUGGUCCAAACGUUUAUCUGGUUUGACUUAAAAUGUUAAUAAUUAAAAUAUAAAUACACCUGAAAUGAAAGACCCACAGACUAAACAUGUGACAUCAAGUAAGGGCCAGUUUCUAUGGCAUCACAUAUAUCCUGUUACCUGGUAACUGUUAUUUUCUUUCAACCCUGGUUGUAGAUAGUAUUGUAUGUUGACUUUGUAUUAAAAGCAGGAUGAUUGGA